AUGAGUGUAUCGAUGUGGUCAUGCACGUCAGAGUCCGACGAGGAGAUGGCACUGGUGAGUUCCUCGUCGGAUUCCGACGAGGAAAUGGCGCUAGCCAGGGAGAUGGAGAUGGUCAUAGUUAAGACGAUGGCUCGGACUCGACGGUUCAACCUGCAGGAGGCCCCGAGAGGGCCGAUCACCCCGUCCCUCGCACCCGAUCGGGCAGCAGCUUCCAAGGAGGCAUUCGGCAUCAGGCAGCUGGCGAACGCCAGCAGGGGGCUUGCGAAUAUGGAGUUGGACUGCAUCGUAAUUCGGAACCUCCGUUCCUCUGGGAAGGCUUUGAUCGGGUACUCUCGAAAGCGAAUCCCGCCGACGGGCACGGUCGCGGGCGCGCUGGCUGGUUCUCCGGCAGUCGGCCAGCGCCGGCACUGCCGGGCGUGGGGCUGCUGGAUCACGCGGCUGCACUGGUUGCUGGCGCUCCUCCUCCGGGCCGCGCUGGCUGGGAGGAAGCAGGCGGCCCCGACGGCGUCGGCGCUGAGGGGCGAGCGAGCCCGCCGCGCGCAGGAGCUUGCAGCUGCCGCGGCGCCGGUCCUGGGGCUCUCGCUGCUGGAGCGGCUGGCGGUGCGGCCCUCGACCGAGAAGCUCUACCGGGGGGCGCUGUCGGCCUUCGCGAGCUUCUGCGCAAGGCGCCGCCUGGACUGGACGGACCAUGCCAGCCUCGACUCGGUCCUCGUGCAGUACAUGGACAGCGAGUUCCUCCUCGGCGGCGGCGGGAACAUGGGGAACGUGCUCCUGGCGGCGGUCGCCCACUUUCUCGGCUCGCUCCACAAGCGAGCGGCGACGCAGCUGCCGAGGGCGCGCCGCGCGGCUGCAGCCUGGGCCCGGCGGGCGCCGGGCCGCGCGCGCCUCCCGCUGCCGCGGCGAGUCGUGUUUGCCAUCGCGGGCGUCCUCCUGCGCGACGGGCACUCCCGGCUCGCCAUCUGCAUCUUCGUCAUGUUUGCAUGCUACCUCAGGCCCGGGGAGGCGGCGAAGCUGCGCGGGCGCCACUUGAUAGCGCCUUCUGCCUCCGCGGGGACGCUCUACCAGUACUUCGGGCUGCUCCUGCACGAGAGCGGCAAGGGCCCAGGCAGGACGGGCGUGAACGACGAGAGCAUCCUCUUCGACCGCGAUGGCUGGCUCGCCCCCCUGCUGGCGGCCUUGAAGCUCAGCGCCCUGCCCGACCAGCCGUUGUGGGGGGAGGCGAUCGCGCAGCUGCCGAAGCUCUUCGAUAGCGCCUGCCGGGAGCUGUCGCUGGAACGCCUCCGACCACACUUAUACAGCUUGCGUCACGGCGGGGCCUCGGACGACAUGCUGUCGCAACGGAGGUCUCUGCCAGAGAUCCAGAGGCGCGGGCGAUGGCGGUCCGCGAAGAGUCUCAACCGCUACACCAAGGAGACAAAGCUGCUGGACGAGCUCGCCUGGAUCCCUCCGGCUGCCCUGGAGCUCGGGGCUUUCGUCGAGGACAAUUUGAUGGCGCUCGUCGAGGGCUCCCUCCCCGCGCUGCUGGCGACUGGCCGCGUGCCGGCCGGGGCCGCCGGCCUGCUCGGGCGCCGGCUGCGUCGUCGGCCCGUGCUGGAGCUGUUCUGCGGCGCCGGCACGAUAGCUCGUGCGAUGGUGGCGCUGGGCUUCGCCGCCUUCGGGCUCGACUGGAGCCGCAGCCCGCUGGAGGACCACGUUGCGGCGACAUUCCAGACCGUCGUCCUUGGCUGGAUCCAGUCCCGAGCGGUGGGCGCCGUUUGGCUCGGCACGCCGUGCGCGAGCUGGGCGAGGGCGCUCCGGCGGCCGCUGAGGUCCGCGCUCCACCCGCUCGGUCUUCCUGAUCUGAAUGCCCAUGAGCAGGCCGGGGUAGGCGCUGGCAACGCUACGUACCGCUUUACGCUCAGA